AUGAGUCGCCUCCUGAUGACCAUUGCCGUGCUGGUAAAGAGGGCAGGGGUCUACCUGUCCUCCCAGGAUAUCAUCGUAAACGUGGCCGGCGGCUUCAGAGCUAUGGAGCCGGCGGCGGACCUGGGAAUGGCUCUGGCCCUCGUCUCCAGCGCGCGUAACGUUCCUCUGGCCGAGGGGAUGGCAGUUUUGGGAGAGGUGGGACUCGGUGGGGAGCUGAGGAGCGUUUCCAAUGUUCCCAGGCGCCUGGGUGAGCUGAGCCACAUGGGUUUCGAGAAAUGUCUGGUGCCAGAGUCCGCCAUGCAGUCCGUGGAGACGCCGCGGGGAAUCAAGACCGCUGCGGCCGGGACACUUGUAGAGGGCUUGGGUCUGGCUCUGUCCUCGGACGCGGGCCGGGAGGGAAGUGGUCUUGGGUCUGAAAUGCAACCUGAAGAAACACCCGGAGGGGGAUAUGGUCGUCGCUAG